UUUGUACCAGUCGUUUAGACAAAAAUACGACAUAACACGGAAGUUGUCUUUGUUUACAUGUCAAAGGUCAUCUAUGACUUUUCAAAAUGUCUCACGGACACAGUCACGGAUGUGGAGGCCACGACGAUCAUGACCAUGAUAAUCCUGAUAGAGGUGCAUUAUUCUCCCUUUACACGAAGAUUGAUACAGAAAGACUGGAAUGUCUGAAUGAAGUGACGGACGGAUCUGGAAAACUGGUUUUUAAACCAUGGGACGAGCGUCUCGAUUUCUCAAAGUUUGUAGAGAGCGACGAUGAUGAAGAACUUUUAUUCAAUAUUCCGUUCACUGGGAACGUGAAGUUAAAGGGUAUAAUUGUGAUCGGAGGAGAAGAUGAUAGUCAUCCAUCUGAAAUGAAACUGUAUAAGAAUCGACCUCACAUGACCUUUGAUGAUGUUCAGUCUGAUCCUGAUCAAAUGAUUGAGAUGCACAGAGAUUCUACAGGAGAACUGGACUAUGCCACAAAAGCCGCCCGCUUCUUUAAUGUCAACCAUCUUUCCAUUCACUUCUCAAAAAACUUUGGAGCCGAGACAUCAAAGAUCUACUACAUUGGACUGAAAGGAGAGUUUACAGAGGCUCCAAGGCAGGGGAUUCUGAUGGUGAAUUAUGAAGCCGUGGCCAAUCCUAAGGACCAUAAAACUGAUCUUCGUGACAAUGUUCAACAUCAGAUCAGAUAGCCGCUGGACCACAGCUCCUCAACUCGGUAGAUAGAUAGCUCUUGAUGUACUUUAUGUACAUGGUACAUGUAGAGAAGUAUUAUAAUAUUAGUUCAUUACUUUGUAGCAGUGAUUUGGCUCUCUUGACCACAGCUCCUCAACUUGGUAGAUAGCUUAGAAGAUAGAAAGAUAGCUCUUGAUGUAGUUAAUGUACAUUGUAGUUCAUUAUUUUGUAGCAGUUGAAUCAUUUAGCUCUCUUGAGAUGCCUCGAGUUCAAGGAUAAGAACUGAGUGUUUUCAAAUUUAUUUUGAGAAAAAGGGGUUUAUGUGUCACUGAGCACUUGGGCCUUGAGGAGUUAAGUCUAUGUUUCACUAGCCAUUGACCUCAAUGGGGUGUUGGGUGGAGUUAAGUCUUUAUGUUUCCUGGAAAGCCCACAUUUUUCUGAACAUUUUGAUAUCAAAUACUCAUUUUGCCAAAAUAUUGAGUUACCUCUUUGUGUCACUGUCUGAACCCUCGAACAGAAUCGUGAACAAAGGAUGACCAUAUUACAAUUUCAUUUAGUACUUCUUUGUAGAAUGAAAGGUAAUGCAAAAUUAAUUUUGUUCAGUCAAAAAGAAAUACCUGUAUAAGUUUUAUUUCAUCAAUUAAUGUAUCGCAGUGAGCUUCUUGAUUACAGGUUGUCCCGAGAAACAGUAAUUAAGUUACCGGUAAGUAGUUAAAUCUAUUUAGUAAAGGCAACUCUGAAUAUAUACUACUGAAGGUAAUGCACUUGUAUUUAUCCUGGUACUUUGCUGAUCACAUUGUAUUAUUCAUGCAUCAAAUGAAUGAGUGGGUGCUUUAAGUCCUAAUCAUGGCUUUGUUUCUUUCCUCAAACUACUUUUCCAUGAUACAAUUUCAUAUAGAAAUUUGGAAAGGAGCCUUACAAUCAUUCAGUGUACAUUGAUCCACUCAACUACUUUCUGCCAGUCCAUUUUUAUAUGAAAGUUUAAUUGCUGCUUGAUCAUGUUACUUUUAUAUUGUAUCUUUUUUUAAAUACAGCAGUGUCAUUAAGUAAGCAAAGUCUGAUAUUUUCCAUGCAUUAUUUCUUAGUGUGAUACUUGAACAGCAAUUCUCGCUAUUGCCCAUACCCCCAAAUGGUGCAUGCAUAUGGUGCGCACAUCCAUGCAUUACACGUAUUAUGCAUGUGCAGUAUGUAUUCGAAAGCUCUCUUGUAGGUUGCUAUACUGACCUCUUUGGAAUUUUUACAAGUCCAUGAUUGUUUAAGAAGAAAUACUUAUAGAGGGCAUACCACUGCUUGUCCAUCAUUUUAUAAUUGUUCUUUUAAAAAUUCUGUGAACUUAGCCGUGAUCGUGCAGUGAUUUCAUACUUGUCUUGCCUUCUGAGCAACUUUUCACAGUAUCGCACCAUAUUUUAACUGACAAUGCAGUUUGUAAAAGUAGAAGACAAAGUGAAAGGUAGCUAGCUAGCUCGGUGACUACGGCUUCGGCCAGGACCGGACGGUGCGCACAUGUACACAGCUGCGUGAAAUGGACCGGAAGCAACUAAGGCACCAAGCUAUUACAGGGUGCAUUUGAAAUUGGGACAUGCAAUUUACAUCCAGGCAUUUAGGGUAUUGGCGAUAGCGAGAAUUUGAUUUAUCUGUCAGACAUGCCUGUAUAAGAUUAAAGGAUGAGGAAUUAAAGUAGUGAAUUUGUUGAAUAUUCUGGAACAUUCAGUGAGGCUUGUUUACAUUCAUAUAUUACAUGAAAUGGUAAGACUAAACAAUAUCUAUUCAUAAUUAAUUGUUUUGAGAAAAAUAAGUGGAUUAUGGGAAUCGUUUUCUCUGUGGGUAAUACCUAUCCCUUCAUAAUUUGUUAUUUACUUUUUUCUGACCCACAUUAGACUUUGUUAUUAUUCAGUAUAAGAUUUGUACCCUAUCAGGGAUUUUUUUCAUGGGUCUUUUAGGGCAAACAAAAACUUGGCCCUCAUUUAUAAGUUAUGACUCUGGGUCUGUGAAUUAAUAGUAAAAUCUUUGAGGCAAUCAUGAAUAAAGUCCUGUAAUCAGUGAAGAAUAUUAUUUUGAAAUAAAAUUCCACACUGAAAAAUGUAUCCUGAAAUAUUUUGAGAAAGGGAACUCUAUAAUGUUGUCAUGGAAUAUAUCUAAGAAUGUAUUUGAAGUGAAAAUGGUAAAAUAUCAUUAUUUAUGAAGCACAGCUACAUUGUACAGUAUCUGUCUGUGUUAUUAGUUUAUCAUCAAAAUGACACCAAGUGGAUGAUAAAUUAUAUAACUUUUCUUGGAAUAUCAAGUCUGAUUUGUAGAUUACAUAUUACAUAGAAAUAUAGUUGUGUAUGUUUCGCAUAAUUUUGUUCUUUACUUUUAAAGUUAAGUUGUGUAUAUGGUACGGUACGUAUUUCAUUCUGUGUAUGCAUCUUCCAUUUUUUUUGUGUAAAACAUAUAAAUUGAUGAUUGCUUUAAGCAUCAUAAAACUACA